UCAUCCUCUAUUCCCGGCACAAAUCAAUGGAUCGACUCUUCUCUCUCCUCCUCAUUUCCUCUCUCAUCCUCGUCUUCGCCGACGAACUCGCCGGCGCCGGCGACGGCGAUUUCUUGAUACGACAGGUCGUCGACGACAACAACGAUGGAAACCUUUUGAGUGCCGAUCAUCAUUUCAACAUUUUCAAGCACAAGUUCGGGAAAUCGUAUGCAACGAAGGAGGAGCAUGAUUAUAGAUUGUCGGUAUUCCAAUCUAAUCUCCGUCGGGCUGAACGUCAUCAGAAAUUGGAUCCUUCAGCCGUUCAUGGAGUCACGCAGUUCUCCGAUUUGACAUCGGCAGAGUUUAGGCAGAAACAUUUAGGUCUAAAAAGGUUGAGACUUCCAGCCGAUGCUAAUAAGGCUCCGAUUCUACCGACUAAUGAUCUCCCUACGGAUUUUGAUUGGAGAGAUCAUGGUGCUGUUACAUCUGUGAAGAAUCAGGGUUCAUGUGGAUCAUGCUGGUCAUUUAGCACAACUGGUGCUUUGGAAGGUGCAAAUUUUCUCGCAACCGGGAAGCUAGUUAGUCUCAGCGAACAACAACUCGUCGAUUGUGAUCACGAGUGUGAGCCAGACGAACCUGGAUCAUGCGAUUCAGGAUGCAACGGUGGUCUAAUGAACAGCGCAUUAGAAUACACACUUAAAAACGGAGGACUUAUGCGAGAAGAAGACUAUCCCUACACAGGAACAGACGGAGGAGCAUGUAAACUAGACAAGACAAAGAUAGCAGCUUCAGUAGCAAAUUUCAGUGUAGUUUCACUAGACGAGGAUCAAAUUGCUGCAAAUCUAGUGAAAAACGGUCCUCUUGCAGUUGCUAUAAACGCGGCUUACAUGCAGACAUAUGUGGGUGGAGUUUCAUGUCCUUACAUUUGUUCGAAAAGACUAAACCAUGGUGUUUUGAUGGUUGGUUAUGGUUCGGCUGGGUAUGCGCCGGUAAGAAUGAAGGAGAAACAGUUUUGGAUUAUCAAGAAUUCAUGGGGAGAUAAAUGGGGUGAAGAGGGUUUUUACAAGAUUUGUCGCGGGCAUAAUGUUUGUGGCGUGGAUUCGAUGGUUUCUUCGGUUGUUGCUGCUGCGGUUCAAUCGGGAUGAAGAAGAAUGGUUUGUUCUUGUAUAUAGAAAAGAAGAUAAGGAAGGAAGGAAGAAGGAAAUAUGACAUAUUUUAUCUUCAUUGGGGUGGGGUACCUUUAUUUUAAGGCUGUCUAAUGUUAGUUUGGACAUAAUAAUGAUAAUCAUCAUGUCUUAAGUUAAGAGAAUGUCCUUUUUCUUAUUAUGGUAACACUUGUUUUUUUC